UCAACGUCUGAGCAACGAGCAGCUUCAAGCGUCAGGUCAUUCGUCAAGCAGACGAAUUUCUGGAAGAAGCUUCGAUUGUUGGUCAACACAAACGCCAAACUGGCAAGGCUACAUCGUGACGUCAUAAAAAAGGCAGCGAGCGACCCCUCGGGCCCGUUCUACUCCCAGAUGAACCCACGCGAGGUGGCGCUGGUCGCAAAGAGCUACAAUGGUCUACAGUUUGAUCCUCGGGAAUUUAAAGCCAACAGACAGAUGCGAACAAUUGAAGAGGUCAAGCGAAUCUUGAGGCUACCACCGGAGGAGCGAACAGACGACGAAAUUCAUUGUGCGAUGAUAGGACUGAGAGGAAUCAACUCAAUAGCAGAGUACCCGGUGAGGAUGCAGAGGUAUUUGGCGCAAUACGGAGCUAUUGAAUGUUAUGAUGCCAGGAGGGUAAUUAUAAAACAAGGAAGAGUUCCUGAAGCCUUUUAUUACAUUCUGUAUGGGCGGGUAAUAGUAGCGGUCAAGGAUGACGUCACAGGCCGGGUUGAGAUGAAAUGUUACCUUCAGAGAGGUCAUUUUUUUGGGGAAAUCGCAAUCAUUCAAGGAAGUUGUAGACAGUCUUCUGUGAUGACAGCAAGUUACACUGAAUUGUUGAGUUUAUCUAAAAACGAGUUCGAGAAAUAUUUCAUGGUUGGAGGCGUCAAAAACAUCAACGACCCGGAUCACAAUAGCUUUGUUAAGUCCCUCCACUUCCUCAAGGACUGGCCGCUGGAACUUAUUUUAUCUGGAACUACAGAUCACAAACAUGUUGCCUUUGGCUAUUUCAAGCGCGGCUCUGUUCUAGUGAAGGACAGCAACUUCUCGGACUGGCUCAUCGUUGUCAAAUCUGGUUCGUUGACCGUGAUGAAAAAGUUGCUUCAACCAGCCGUGGGUAGAACAGCUGGGCGGGUCAAGUCACGCAUCAAUUCAUCCAGGGAUACACGAGAAGGUCAGCUGGGGUCAAGCUUCGUCUGCAGCAAGUCACGUGCCAGUCGAGAGGAUAGACGGGAUAGGUGCUCAGCUCAGCCAAUCAAAACACUUGUUACUGGACGCUGGUCAAACGAGAAAAGAUUGGAGAGCUUACCUGUCAAAUCACCUGAAGAAAUUUACCUGAAGGCUAAACCAGAUCGUUCCGCUUCAUUGGAUUUCUCCAACAAUGACGUCAUCCAGGUGGAAGAUAAAAUGACAUUCCUGGAUUACCUCGACUCGGCCUACAACAAAAGGCCCCACUUAGCGACCGAGGCAGACACCAGUCCACAGUUUGUGAUUUUACAAACACUUACCAAAGGAGCUGUGUUUGGGCUGGCACAGUGCCUGUUUCCUGAGCAGCCAAGCAUGGCGGUGGUCAGCAACGGAGCCGACUGUUUGAUGAUCAGCAAAAAGUUGUUCCUGAGUCACGCAUCGCCGGACAUGAUGCGCAGAUUGCGAGUGGAGGUCUCCCCCUACCCCAGUGCCAGCAAGCUGCAAGAAGACCUGGUGACCCGCGUCCAGUGGGAGACCUACAAGCUCGCGCUGGUCGGACAGCUGGUGGACAAACGUAGGUCCAAAGUCCAAGCCGUGAACUAUUUAUAGCACAGUGUAACCCUGCUUGCCAUAGGCCUAACGCUGAGUGUUGAUACAAGUCAUAGAAUGGGGCUUGUCACAUGUUGAUAAAGUCAUAGAGAGGAGCUUGUCAUAUGACAUUUAGCUCUCAUGAGAUAGACUAACCGCUUGACCAGCGAGACACUGACCUAUGACCUUUAGCUUAUGUUUGUCUUUUUACCUACCUCACGACUAGAGAAAUGUGACGUCAGUAGCUGAAUGCUGAAAAUGUGACGUCAGUAGCUGAAUGCUGAAAAUGUGACGUCAGUAGCUGAAUGCUGAUAAUCUGUGUUUAGCGGUCCUGUUUUCACCUGUGUCAAGAC